CGUGCCUCUCCCUGCGAGUUGGAGUAACUUUCCCCCUUUCUUCACCGUCUCGCCACCAUCAUUUUCACAGUAUCUAACUAUAUACAUGACCCUGAAAUUCUUCAUGGGUAGGAUUCUUUCCUAAUUCUUAAGCAACUGCAUCAUCACGUCUGUCUGGCCGAUCUUGGCGUCCCCUCACAAUUGCGGGGAACUCGACUUGCCGCAUCUGAGUUUCAGGCAACAAGAUGGCUCCAGGCAUUUUGGCUUCACCAAAGCCUACGGUGACAGCCAGUAAGGCGGUUACCUUGGCGCAACUCACAGAGGACUGGGACGAUACAAUACGUUUCUACCUCAACGGCACCAAAGUCGUCCUGGAUACGAUCAACCCUGAAGUCACGCUAUUGGAAUACCUGCGCGGGAUUGGGUUGACAGGAACUAAAUUAGGAUGUGCGGAGGGUGGCUGUGGCGCUUGCACUGUUGUUGUGUCACAUCUAAAUCCAACGACAAAGAAGCUCUACCAUGCAUCGGUUAAUGCUUGCCUCGCGCCCUUGAUAAGUGUGGAUGGGAAACAUGUCAUCACGGUGGAGGGGAUCGGGGAUGUGAAGAAUCCCCACGCAAUCCAACAACGGCUUGCGAUUGGUAAUGGAAGUCAGUGUGGUUUCUGCACUCCAGGAAUUGUGAUGAGCCUUUAUGCCCUCAUUCGCAAUAACCCCGAACCGUCUGAACAUGAUGUGGAGGAAGCUUUUGACGGGAAUCUGUGUCGCUGUACCGGAUACAGGCCUAUAUUGGAUGCUGCCCAGAGCUUCACAGCUCCCAAGGGCUGCGGGAAAGCUCUGGCCAACGGGGGAACAGGUUGUUGUAUGGACAAGCAGAAUGGCUCUGGGGGUUGUUGCAAGCAGACAUCGGCAGACACCACAGAUGGAGAUGGCCCGAAGUUCACACCGCCAGAAUUUAUCAGCUACAACCCAGGCACGGAGCUUAUUUUCCCGCCUCAUCUCCACAAACACGAAUAUCGGCCUUUGGUUCUCGGUAACAAGAAGAAGAAGUGGUACCGCCCGGUCACUCUCGAGCAAUUGUUGGAGAUCAAGGCUGUCCACCCUGAUGCUAAGAUUAUUGGAGGAAGCACGGAGACGCAGAUUGAGGUCAAAUUCAAGGCCAUGAAAUAUAGCGUUUCCGUCUAUGUCGGUGAUAUCCCGGAGCUCCGCCAAUAUUCGCUGAAGGAUGACCAUUUGGAACUUGGAGCCAAUGUCUCUUUGACCGAUCUGGAAUCGAUUUGUGACGAAGCCCUUGAUCGCUAUGGGCCUGUGCGAGGCCAACCAUUCAGUGCCAUUAAAAAGCAGCUCCGCUAUUUUGCCGGAAGGCAGAUUCGGAAUGUCGCAUCACCGGCCGGAAACUUGGCUACUGCAUCUCCAAUCUCGGACCUAAACCCAGUGUUUGUGGCUACUAAUACCGUUCUUGUGGCCAUGUCGCUGGGGGAGGUCAUUGAGAUCCCUAUGAAUCAGUUCUUCAAGGGUUAUAGAUCGACCGCACUCCCGGCCAACGCUGUUAUCUCCGGCCUACGGAUCCCCGUUGCGUCUGAGAAGGGAGAAUACAUGCGUGCUUACAAGCAGUCCAAGAGAAAGGAUGAUGACAUUGCCAUUGUAAAUGCAGCCUUGCGGGUGUCCCUCUCUGCCUCCCAUGAUGUGCAGAGCGUGAAUCUCGUCUUUGGAGGCUUGGCACCCAUGACCGUGUCUGCACGCAACGCAGAGGCCUUCUUGAUUGGUAAGAAGUUCACGAAUCCCGCCACCCUUGAGGGCACCAUGAGCGCCUUAGGGCAAGAUUUCGAUUUGAAGUUCAGUGUCCCUGGAGGAAUGGCAACCUAUCGCAAAUCCCUCGCUCUGGGAUUUUUCUACCGGUUCUACCACGAUGUAUUGUCUGGCAUCGAGGUCAGGGAUGCAGAUGUUGAUGAAGAUGUCAUCGCGGAGAUCGAAAGAGCCAUCUCUUCAGGAGCAAAGGACCACGAGGCUUCUGCGGCAUACCAGCAGAGGAUUCUCGGAAAGGCUAGCCCUCAUGUCUCUGCAUUGAAGCAAGCUACAGGAGAGGCACAGUACACCGAUGAUAUGCCUGUGCAGAAGAACGAGUUGUACGGUUGUCUGGUGCUCUCGACCAAAGCACAUGCUCGACUUCUCAGCGUGGACCCGACGGCAGCACUUGAUAUCCCUGGUGUUGUCGAUUAUGUGGAUCACACCGAUCUUCCCAACCCACAGGCCAAUUGGUGGGGUGCUCCCAAGUGUGACGAGGUCUUCUUCGCGGUCGAUGAGAUUACGACUGCGGGUCAGCCGAUUGGCAUGAUCCUUGCAACGUCGGCCAAGAUCGCGGAAGAGGGCUCUAGAGCGGUUAAAGUAGAAUAUGAGGAGUUGCCGGCAAUCUUGAGCAUCGAAGAAGCCAUCGAAGCUGGAUCCUUCUUUGAACAUUCUCGCUUCAUCAAGUGUGGUGAUCCCGAGAGUGCCUUCAAAGAGGCAGACUACGUCUUUACCGGAGAAUCGAAAAUGGGUGGUCAGGAGCAUUUCUACCUCGAGACUCAAGCGUGUGUGGCUAUUCCCAAGCUGGAAGACGGAGAGAUGGAGAUCUGGAGCGGCACUCAGAACCCUACAGAAACACAAACCUACGUCGCACAAGUUGUUGGGGUGGACUCCAACAAGAUCGUGUCCCGAGUCAAGCGCCUUGGUGGCGGAUUUGGUGGGAAGGAGACUCGAUCGGUUCAGCUAGCCGGCAUCUGUGCCACUGCUGCCACGAAGGCCAAGCGGGCUGUUCGGUGCAUGCUCAACCGGGAUGAAGACAUUGCUACUUCCGGCCAACGUCAUCCAUUUUUCUGUCGCUGGAAGGUCGGUGUGACUAAAGAAGGCAAACUCCUCGCUCUUGACGCGGAUGUCUACUCCAACGGUGGCCACACCCAGGAUCUUUCUGGUGCGGUCGUGGAAAGAGCACUGUCACACAUUGACGGAGUCUACCGGAUUCCCAACGUCCACGUUCGCGGCCGCAUCUGCAAGACGAACACCGUUUCCAACACGGCAUUCCGUGGCUUUGGUGGCCCUCAGGGCUUGUUCUUCGCUGAAUGCUUCGUCUCCGAGGUUGCAGACCACCUCAACAUCCCGGUCGAACAAUUCCGCUGGCAGAACAUGUACCAACCCGACGAGAAGACCCAUUACAACCAGGCGCUCAAAGACUGGCACGUGCCGCUAAUGUACAAGCAGGUCUUGGAGGAAAGUUCGUACGAGGAGCGGCGAAAGUCCGUGGAGGAGUACAACAAGACACACAAAUGGUCCAAGCGUGGAAUGGCCAUCAUUCCCACCAAGUUUGGUAUUUCCUUCACGGCACUGUUCCUGAACCAAGCCGGUGCCCUAGUCCAUAUCUAUCACGAUGGCAGCAUCCUGGUUGCUCACGGCGGAGUCGAGAUGGGCCAAGGCCUACACACCAAGAUGACCAUGAUUGCUGCCGAAGCCCUCGGCGUGCCUCAAUCCAGCGUGUUCAUCUCCGAGACCGCCACGAACACGGUAGCAAACACAUCCGCCACUGCUGCAUCCGCCAGUUCCGAUCUCAAUGGCUACGCCAUCUUCAACGCCUGCGAGCAGCUCAACGAGCGUCUGAAGCCCUACAAGGAGAAAAUGCCCGGGGCCACCAUGAAAGAACUCGCCCACGCCGCCUACUUCGACCGAGUCAACCUCUCGGCACAGGGCUUCUACCGCACCCCAGACAUCGGCUACGUAUGGGGCGAAAACAAAGGCCAAAUGUUCUUUUACUUCACUCAGGGCGUCACAGCCGCCGAAGUCCAGAUCGACACUCUAACCGGCGACUGGACGCCCCUGCGCGCCGACAUCAAAAUGGACGUCGGCCGAACCAUCAACCCCAGCAUCGACUACGGCCAGAUCGAAGGUGCCUUUAUCCAAGGGCAAGGUCUCUUCACCACCGAAGAGAGUCUCUGGCAUCGGGCCUCCGGACAGAUCGUGACCAAGGGACCUGGAAACUACAAGAUCCCAGGAUUCCGCGACAUCCCUCAGAUCUUCAACGUCAGUCUCCUAAAGGACGUGGAGUGGGAGAAUCUCCGCACCAUUCAACGAUCCCGGGGUGUCGGUGAACCACCGCUGUUCAUGGGUAGCGCGGUCUUCUUUGCCAUCCGGGAUGCGCUCAAGGCCGCGCGGCGGCAAUGGAACGUGGAGGAUGUGUUGCGUCUGGAGAGCCCGGCCACGCCGGAGCGAAUUCGGGUCAGCUGUGCGGAUCCGAUUAUUGAACAGGCCCGCGUGGUGCCUCAGGAGGGGGAGAAGAGUUUCUUUGUUGCGAUUUGAUUGGAUGGUCUCUGAUCUAGAUCCGUGAUACUGUGAAUGAAUUAUGAUACCUAUGCCCAGUGAGACUGGUUGUCGACUGUGGCUUGUUCUUUUUUCGGGUUAUCUUUGUCUCUUGCCAGGGCUAAUUUGCAUUCUGUAACAUAAGCCGGAUUACAUCAAGCACAGCUAGAUUGCAAAGUAUGAAUCGGUCUUCCCUGG